UUUUAGUGUAGGGCACAAAGAGAUCCCGCUUCAUUCUGCUAGACUGCUACUCCUGCUUCUUCUGUGUUCCAAACCAGCGCCGGAGAUCAGCCUCCACCCUCCGGAGCCCACACGAACGUCCCUCUCCUGCUGCCGCACCAGGACGCACGCUCUUCAGUGGUCACCGAUGAAUGCUCAGCUCUCGAUGUUUUACAUACAUUAGCUGAUCUCUCUGAAUAUUCCACAACCUUCGUCUAUCGCUGAAUCUGAGGGAAAUGAAUACAACCAUGGAAGAACGAGUAUGCAGAAACUACAUGGAGCUUUGAAUCAACUACCAUCUGAAACCAAGGAACAACAUAUACCGCGUGGAAGGUUUCGUGAUGGUGGCGGCUGUGUUUAUGAUCGUCCUUGCCAUUGGAGCGCCCAUGCGGCGUCAUUGUAAGAGCAUAGUUAUCAGAUAUGGAGUUGAGGGAGUGCUCUUACUGUCCUUUCCACUUCUCUCCUACACACUAGGAUUGAUGCAUCUUUCUGAUGCAGAGGCUGGGGAAAACCCCCUUUUCGAAGAAAAAAAAGGAUUGAUGCAGCAGCAGCUAAUCAAGAACGGACUUUUCCUAGUGUGGGCGAUGUUUCUGGCCAUGCUUUAUUUUGGGGGUACCAUGGCAAUAUCAGUCCAGAAGCUUGGUGAGAACAGCACGAUGAAGCUCAAAUGCGACAUUUUCUUGUCCAUGUUCUACAUGGGCAUUGUUUUAGGCAACUUUGCUUUUGCCGCUAAGGACCUUCUUGGGCGCAUUGGUUUAGUCAUGACCUUUAUUUUUGUGUGGACAUGGGCAACGAGAAUCGAUUACCACAUUGAUGCUGCAUCCUUAGCGAGCAAACCAACGGCAGAGAAUGGCAUCAAGUGGCUGGCCGACUACAUGAAGCGUGAGCACCAAACCAGCACGUCCUACAACCCCCGCACCAUGCAGGGAUACAAGUAUCCAGUUCUCAUACACAAUGCAACGGGAAAUAGCUAUUCUCCAGUAACACUUGAUAAAAUUUGGUGCGACAACAUCGGUGUCUUGUCAUCUUCCAACAGUCCUCAUAUCCGUCGCCUCAAAGAUCUAUGUCUCUCAUUUGCUCUGUUCCAUCUUGUGGUUCGGCGAUACUUCGGUUACAGCUGUCCUGAAUCUAAGCUUGACAAGUCUCGUGCUCUUGUUCUUGAUGGACUGCUGCAAACAGAACAAGACUAUGAAAGAGCAUUCCAAGUGAUUGAAGCAGAGCUUGCUUUUCUAUAUGACUUCUUCUUCACCAAGUAUGCUGCCAUUAUGUAUGGAAGUAAGAAGUACUAUUGUGCUACCUCAUUUGCCAUCACAGUUGUCUGUAUUGGUGUGGGUACAUGGGCUAUUAGUGUUUCCAACAAGCAAGUUUCUAUUUUGGAUGAUCUCUUGGUCGAAACCAGCACAUGUGACGUUGUGGUAACCGUAGCAGCCUUGGUUGCACUGUCACUAUUCGAGCUGUUGCAGAUAUGUUCUUAUUUUGCCUCCGACUGGUCAAAAGUAUCCUUGGUUUGUACGUAUGCAACAAAUCCAUCCUGGCAAAAAAAUGACCGAAUAAAGAAGGUUCUUUUGCUUCUAGGGAGACCUCACCGCUGGCUUCACUAUUGGCGCAACACCAUUGGCCAGUACUCAGUCCUUGAUUCCUUCAGCUCCAGUUCUUGGGAUCGGUUGAAGCAACGCUUUCAGAGUAGGAAGACCGGCAAUCCUGUAGAGUUGCAAAUGGAGGUGAAGAAGGCAGUCGCACGGGUUAUCAAGAACUCAAUCAACGGGCAUCUAUCAAAUGGAGCAUCGGCGUUGAUGAGACAUGGCAUGAGUGAUGAGCUAUGCUGGGCAUGUCAGACUGACGAUGAAUUUACUCUCACUCACAGCAUAUUGGUAUGGCAUGUCGCGACUGGCUACUGCGAGAUCGAAACAAUCGCAGGCCCCAAUGAAAAUGAUAUGCAUCCAAACCGAGGUGUCGCCACUAGCUUGUCCAAGUAUGUCGCAUACUUGGUAGCUUGUGCUCCGACGUUGCUACCAGGCCGUCUGAUAGUUUCAGAGUGUACGCUUGACGAGCUGGAGGCACAAGCAAAGAAAACUCUUCAAGGACUCGUAUCACCAAGGGAGAGGUAUGAAAAGCUUAGAGAACUGUACAAUGUCGUUGAUGAAGUUCCGUCAAGCGUAGCGGAUGCAACUGCUGCAACAGAGGCAACGUCCGCGCAUCUGUUGAGCAAGGGUGUCAGGCUAGGGAAGUUGUUGGAGAGCAUGGAGAAUCACAUGAUCCGUUGGGAACUAUUGGCCGAUUUCUGGGCAGAGAUGCUGGUGUAUAUCGCCCCGUCUGAUAAUGUGGCUGGUCACAUUGAACUUCUUGCUGAAGGUGGCGAGUUUGUGACCCACAUCUGGGUGCUGCUUAUGCAUGCUGGCAUCCUGGAGCGGCCUGCUACUGCAAUACCCUAGAUGAAGGAGAGCAAGAUGGUCUAAAGGUGAUGAAGGAGCUACCCUUGGUCGUCGUAUGUCCUUUAUGAUUUAUGUAAUCAAGACGUUGUGUUUGUGACGACUCUGCGCUUGUUGAUCUAGUGUAAGACUAUGAUUGUGUGUUGUACUUGCUUUCUGAAACUCUAAUAUCUCUUGUAUGCUUGUACUAGUACAUUCUCAUAUA